UUCCCUGCUGCUAUUCCAUAUCUGAACCCCUCAUUUGUUCUCACAAAUGGUUUCUAAAAACAUAUUUGAUCCUCCCAGACUAUAUUUAUAGCCUCUGGAUGCUCUUUGGUGAUUGUUUGCUUUGAACAUGAUUUGAAUUAUUUUGAAAUUUACCAUUAUCUCCAAAUUUUAUUUUUUUUUUCUUUUAAACAGUGAGUUAGUCAGUAAGAUGAUCCUGUGAUGAUUCUUGUGAUUUUUUUUAAUCUUGAGGUCAUGUUUUCCAAAAGGAGUACAUCAGAAUAAAACAUGAAUUUAAUGCAAAGUUCAGUCAAGAAUAUCUUCUUUGAAGAUUUCAAGUUUUAAGUUCUUUGAAGGUUGCAUUCUUAUUUGCGUUAUAUAUGUAUCCACUAGAUGGCAGUCUAAUGGCUCAUUCGCAGUCCUAAAUGGAGACCCGGUAAUUACGUCAUAUCCUGUUAUGAAGUUCUGUAGUCCGCUUUUUUGUGACCUGUCAGCAUUGUAGUACCAUCUACUGCUGCAAAUAAUUAUUUUCUUGUAAGUUAGCUUGAAAUUUUUAUUUUUACCAUUGAUGUUUAAAGUAUUAUUGGCGCUAAAAUGUUCUGGAAGUUUUUUGCAUUCUGUUUUAGUCAUGGUCGAUGAACAGACUGCUAACGGCUAAAAUUAGCUAACAAGCCGCCCAACUUCACUGCCAGCUUGCCAGCUAGCAUCCAAGGCUACUUAGCAGCACUAGCUCGUCUGGUGACAGGACGAGUGUAGGAAUCCGCCCACCUCUCCAGAGCAGUGUUCCGGACAGAAGACAGAACGACAGAUGGAGGCCCAAAGCUCCUGUGACCUGCUGCUGUCCAGGAAGAGAAAAAAAGAGGACUCCAAUGGAGAGACAGAUGAAGGAGAAAGACCAUGGAAAAUCCCCAGAUGCACUGUGGGAUUGAAAAACCCAGCGCCUUUCGCAGAUGAAAUCAAGCCGGAUGGGAAACCCUAUAAGAGAGUCACCAUGGAGGAGGCAAAGAGGGGAACACCUCCUGACAGACCCGUUCGCGUCUAUGCAGAUGGCAUCUUUGAUGUUUUCCACUCAGGUCACGCCAGAGCGCUCAUGCAGGCCAAACGCCUCUUUCCAAAUACACAUCUGAUUGUUGGAGUGUGCAGCGAUGACCUUACCCACAAAUAUAAGGGCUUCACUGUGAUGAACGAAGACGAACGCUACGAUGCUAUCACACACUGCCGCUAUGUGGACGAGGUGGUGCGAAAUGCUCCCUGGACGCUAACGCCAGAGUUUCUAGCAAAACAUCGAAUCGACUUUGUUGCCCAUGACGACAUCCCAUACUCAUCGGCAGGAAGUGAUGAUGUGUACAAACACAUUAAAGAUGCAGGAAUGUUCGCUCCCACCCAGCGGACAGAAGGCAUCUCCACCUCUGACAUCAUCACCCGCAUCGUUCGGGACUAUGACGUGUACGUGAGACGCAACCUGCAGAGAGGCUACACGGCCAAAGAACUCAACGUCAGCUUCAUCAACGAGAAGAAGUAUCACCUGCAAGAGCGCGUGGACAAGGUGAAGAGGAAGGUGCGUGACGUCGAGGAAAAAAGCAAAGAGUUUGUCCAGAAAGUGGAAGAGAAAAGCAUCGACCUCAUCCAGAAGUGGGAGGAGAAAUCCAGGGAGUUCAUCGGCAACUUUUUGCAGAUGUUUGGCCCAGAAGGAGCCCUGAAGCACAUGCUGAAGGAAGGAAAAGGCCGCAUGCUGCAGGCCAUCAGCCCCCGGCAAAGUCCCAGCAGCAGCCCCACCCGGGAGGAGCGCUCGCCCUCCCCCACGUUCAGGCUUCCUUUCUUCUCCAAGGCCUCGCCGCCCCACCACAGUGAGGCCCGGGGGUACCUGGUCAGCGAGGAUGACGAUGAGGAUGAUGAGAGUUAAGAACACCUGAGAUCCCAGUCACUGCGAGUAACCAGUUUUCAUCAAGAUUCCCUUGGUUUUGUUUUAGUUUUAGCACCUCGUUCAAAUGGAACAACCAGGUUCUCUAGAUCUUAUAAUUUAAAGAGAAAAAUGAUUUUUAUUCUUUUUUUUUGUCUUGUAAAGGUCAGUUAACAUUUACCACUAGUCACUCAAGUUCUUUAACAGUUAUGUUCAUGUAUGUCUACCAAUUUUUGUAGGCAGUAAUUCACUGUCCUCUUGGAUUUUGUUCAGGUGUAACACCAGCUUUCAUGGCUGGCGCUUGGUCUUUAGUUGCAGCAGUUUUACUAGAUGUAACUGAGAGCAAAAAAUGGUUUAAACGAACUCACUCAGGUGUUGGGACACUUAAUACUUUGCUCUUACUUCCUUGAGCUUCUUAAAAACUCCUCUGAACUCUCCAGAUUACAUCAGAUCUGCACCUGACAGCAGACUUUUUUUUUUUUGCAUGCAUUUUGUGUGCAAGCUCUCUGAGCAUUUCCAGCUGUUAGCAUCUUUGUGUAUAAUAAAUUCUUUUAAAUUUUAUUGAAUGACAACAAUCAGUCUUUGAAAGACUUAGUUUAAAAAAAAAAAGACGCCUUUCAGUGGCGUAAAAGUUCAAAUGUUUUUAGAUUGUUAUGCAGAAAAAGCCUAUUUUUAUAGUUGGCAUCCCAUUGUUUUGUUUUUAAGUUGAAAAAAAGUCAACUCAAGACAUACUCUCUGUGAACUAAAAUUUUAACUUUAAGGAUAAUGUAUUCAUGAAUCAAAGAACCAAAAAAAUUCUGCAUGAUUAAAAAGCAAUGUAAGAUUAAACUGGCUUUUUUUAUGUAAAGCAUCUGAUCUAAAAUCUACAGAACAAGUUUUAAUAGUGAGCAUAGCAAAUUCAAAUUGUUGCUGCAAUUAGACUUAAUGGUCUCAUCUCUACUUAUAAAGCAUGUGUAGCUAAAGGAACCUGAUCUACAGGUUUGAUGCUUUACUGUCAUAACUGUAAUAUGAACGUUCUUGGUCAAACUUAGUUGGAUUUUUGAUCAUCUCUAGUGUGAACCAGAGCAACAAAGAUGUCCCUUUCAAAGGAUUUGGAACCAGAUGUUGGUCAGCGACUUGGAUCCAGUGUAAAAUCUUCUGGAAACAGCCAUGAAUUUGGUGCUAAGCAACAUUAGGAGAGCCUGGCUUUGAUUCUCGUGGAAUCUUUUUCCUUUUUAGUCAGUUUUCGGCGUGAGCAUGUCCUUAAAGUGCAGACUCCAAUAGCAGCACUGAGAGGCUGCCACCCAAAUGUUUUAAAGUCUCAUGUUACUGUGUGGAAAAUUGUCUUGCAUUCUUGAUGUAGAGGAAACAAAAUAAACUUUUUGGACAAAA